UGAUUGCAUGCACACUGCAUUUGAUACCAUUGCAUUGGCGACGAAAGAGCUAGCGUGAUGAUGAUCGUUUUCUGUGGAUUUCUAUGAAAUUGGAAUACAUUCACAAAUGACAAGAGGAAUAGUUUGUAAAAGAGACGGCUAGCUGUGCAGCAGAGCCGAGCUCCACAGUAAGCACCACCAUGGCAGGAGUCAGGUGGUGCCUUGGGAGAGGGACGCUGACAUUCCUUUUCUUGGUCCUGCAGCUGGGCUGCACCAUAGUCUUGGGCCAAGACAUCCAGUUCACCCGCUCAAUCUACAAUGCAACCAUCGCAGAAAACUCCCCCAUCAGGACAUUCAUCUCCACCGAACAAAAGAUGGGCGUUUACUUGCCAGACCCAUCAGCGACUGUGCGAUAUACCUUGCAGGAAAGCGAUGUGAGCGACCUCUUCUCGGCAAGACCAGAGGUUGUUGGUGACUUUGCUUUCUUGAGGAUAAGGACAAGACCGUGCAGAAAUAAAAGCCAGUGUCCCAAUUUGAAAGUGAACAGAGAGGUAAGGCCCGAGUAUUAUCUCACGGCCAUAGCGCAGAGCAGCUCAGGGGGAGUAAGAAGCACAUCAACAGCAGAAGUGCACAUUGUUGUGCAGGAUGUGAAUGAGCAACCUCCACUCUUCUUGAGAGGGAACUAUGCAGCGACAAUCAGUGAGGACUAUCCAGUAUUCUCUAACAUCAUUCAAGUGGAGGCCCAUGAUUCAGACAGUGGCACCAAUGGAGAGGUUUAUUAUAGUUUUCGCCAGCAGACAGAUCAGUUUGCAAUACACACAACCACCGGUGUAGUGUCCCUGACAAGACCUCUGAACUUUGAUCAACAGUCAAGUUACACUCUCACUGUUGUUGCAAAGGACAGAGGUUUCACACCAUAUGGAGGAUUGCCCCUAACCUCACCGGUACAGCUAAGGAUCUAUGUCCAACAAGUCAACAAGCAUAGUCCCGAGAUAAGGAUUGAGAAGCAACCAACCGUCUCAAGAAACAGUGAGAUAGGGACAGUCUUCGCGGUUGUAGGAGUGACAGAUGAAGAUGGAGGAGUAAAUGGAGAGAUUGCAGCUUUAGAUAUCAUUGAUGGGGACCCAGGUGGGUUCUUCAGAGUUCAGCCCUCACCAUCACCCGGUCGCUAUCAACUGCAAAUUGCUCGUUCUCUACUCUCAUCCAGUCUACCCCACGCUUUUAAUGUGACUGUAGCUGCUUCAGACAGAGGAUUGUCUCCAAAGAGCACUUCUCUUGUGGUGGGUGUUGUCCUUGAUGGUGCAAUGAAUUAUGAAGCCUACUUUACCAAUGAUUUCUUCAACACCACCAUCAAUGAGCUGAUGCCUGUCAACACACCAUUCCUAUCUGUUGCACCUAGGAGUGCUGUAGGUAACACUGGUUUUUCCUAUGUCAUCACUGAUUCAUCACUGCCGUUUUCAAUAGGUACUCACACAGGGAUGCUGUCAGUUGCCGUUGAUCUGGACAGAGAGACAACACCAGAGUAUGAAUUCACUGUUGCAGUCCGUAAUGCCAAGCAGCAAACCAUUGCUGAUACAAGGGUAGUGGUCAUUCUUUCAGAUGCAAAUGACAACAAUCCAUCAUUUGAAGAAGAAAUAUACACAGUUGAGGUUGAAGAAAAUCGUCCAGCCCAUUCCCAAGUCCUUGUCGUCCGAGCAAGUGAUCCAGAUCUUGGAGAGAAUGGUUUCAUCUCGUACAGUAUCGCAAACCUGAAUGCAGUUCCCUUCACCAUCGAUCACGAAACCGGAUCCAUCAAUACCAGUAAGGUACUUGAUUACGAAACGAUGAGACACCAAUACAGACUUCGUGUGAGGGCAUCUGACUGGGGAUCUCCCUUUCGCAGAGAAGCAAAAGCUGUAGUCAUCGUCAAUCUCAUCAACCUCAAUGACAACAGACCAAAGUUUGAAAAGAUCAAUUGUGUUGGGGCUAUUGCCAAGUCAUUUCCAAGUGGGAGAGCUAUUGCUUUGAUUUCAGCCCUAGACUUUGAUGAGAAUAGACCAAGAUAUUGGAUUACAAGUGGCAAUGUGAAUGACCUGUUCAGCAUUAACCCUCAAUCGGGAAACCUGACUUUGUCUCGUCCUGUAGCAGAUUCCGACCCCCUCUUCUAUAGUCUGAGAAUUGAGGCAAGAGAUGGUCCAACCUCUGUCAGUUAUAUGAGGACCAACAUGACAAUUACUAACAACGCAAACCCCAGUCCUCAAGCCCAUGCAAGAGGUUUGAAAGUGACCUGCCAGGAGACAGAUGUUGCAGAAGAGAUAGAGGAGUUGUAUGGGCAGCUUGAGGCAAGCAAUCAAGAGGUUGAACACCUUCCUCCAAAUUAUGCAGAGUUGUACUCCUCUAAUGUGCAUGAGCCAGAAUUUGAGACUGGCUUUAGGACAUCUGUUGAAGUUCCUGAAGAUGCUCCUGUUGGCGGCACUGUCCUAACUGUCAAUGCUAAUGAUUUGGAUCAUGGAUUUAACGGGAAACUUCUGUAUGCUAUUUCAGAUGGGAAUGACAAGUCCCACUUCCAAAUGGACUUUGAAACGGGUGAACUAAAAGUUUUAAUGCCUCUGGAUCGAGAAACCCAAAGUACGUAUGAUGUAACAGUAAAGAUAUCAGACAUGGGCAAACCGCAACAUACCAGGAAGAGUCCUUUGACAAUCACUUUGACGGAUGUUAAUGACAAUGCACCCCAGUUUGACCUGAAGCAAUAUGAUGUAGCAAUUCCUGAAGAUGCAGAAGUAGGACUAAGCUUCUUAGCAGUUCAUGCUUCUGAUCGUGAUGAGGGUCGAAAUCAAGAAGUGCGCUACAGCAUCAUCAGCGAUUCUCCUUCUUUUGACAUUGAUAUCAUCACAGGAGAGCUUAGUGUUGCUGGGCCUCUUGAUAGAGAGACCAACCCUGUCCAUGAAAUUCGAGUCCAGGCAACAGACCUCUCAGAUUCACCUCUCUCCAGCUCUGUCAUCGUCAGAGUAUCCCUAGACGACAUCAAUGACAAUCCACCACGAUGUCUUCUUCCCGAGUACAAAGUCAAAAUUCGUGAAGACCUCCCAACAGGAGCCGCCGUCUUGAGCGUUCAAGCUCAUGAUCCUGAUAACCCACCCAAUGGAACUGUCCGUUACAGACUUGAUACUUCUGGGUCUUCCAAGUUCAGCAUUGACACAGAUUAUGGCACUCUUCGGCUGGUAGAGAUGCUUGACUAUGAAGUGACCCAGCUUUAUGAGAUCGUCGUUGCCAUCCGAGAUGAAGGAAUACCAGCUAUGAGCUCAACAUGCAGGAUAGUCGUUGAGGUUGUGGACGUCAAUGAGAACACUCAUGCUCCUGUAUUCCCGAACUAUGUGCUGACUGGAUCUGUACAUGAAGGACAUAUCAAUGAUACCGAAGUGAUGACCAUAUCCGCUGCUGACAUGGAUAUGGGCAUAGAUGGAGAGGUGUCCUACACAAUCCGAGAUGGAAGUGGACUUGGAAGGUUCAGCAUUGACAGUUCAGGUUAGUUUUGUUGAUUUGUAAAUUUCUUUUGAAUCUUUUUUGUAUUUGUUCAUAGAACUUGAUGAACUUGGCACGUUAAAAUGCAACAAAUGUGAAAACCAUUGCUAAAAGAUGGAACACAUUUACAAUGUCUAGAUAUGACUUUGUUUAAAGAUUGAGAAUAAUAACUGACAUCUACAUGUAUCUCAUGGAUGUCAUUGUGUGGUUUUUAUGAAAUGAAGUGAAACGACUGAAGACCACAAAAUCGAUGAUUAUGGGUAGAUCUAGAAUUCUAGGCUAAAUUUUAAGGAAUCGGUUUUUCCAUCCAAACUGCUAGGUGUAUGAUUAGAGGGCAGUAUAUUAUACUGGAGCCAGUAUAUAUAAAACUGAUAAUGUUAUAUUGCACCUAAAUUGGUCUCCCGCUAAGAUGGGUGAACUUGCAGAAACACCAUGGACUGGGAUUUAUGCCAUGAUGAUGAAGAAAGUGUAUUCCAUGCAAAGAUGAUCUCUCAAGCAGCUGUGUGAGUGGUGUAAUUUGAGGAGAAUGGCAUUUUAAUUUGAUUUUAGGCUAUUUCCUGUCGGCAAAAUGACAGCUUGGUUUGUCAAUGGGCUCAUCAUUUCUUGGCUCAUUAGUGAAGAGGAGAAGCCUGGGAUGAAAUUGACUGUGUUAUUGGGUUCAGAUGGACUUCAAAGAGCUGAGUUUACCCAACCUUCAAGAAAUGGUUGUGACUUUGGUAUGCUCUGGAAAAGAGAUGGCAUUUAGCAGUUUUCACAGUGUUAUGUAAAAUGUACUGGUAUAUUAAAAUCCCAAAGACAGAUGCUCAAACAUGGAUUUUAUACAAUUUCAUGAAAGACAUCGGUUUACUUCAAGAACAAAAAUUGUCCCGACAACCUCAUAAUACAUAAUUUUCAGAAACUGCAAUUCAGGACAACAGUUCACAGUCCACAUGGUUUUUGUUUUCUUCAUUAUAAAAAAUGUUUUUUGUCUUUCUGUUUGCAAAAUGUAAUGUCAUUGCCAUUUACUAGCAGUACUCAAGAUUAUUUUUUAAAUGAGCUUUAUGUGGGUUGUUGGAUGGGAUGGGCUGAGAGGAAUAUGUCAUGUUCACUACUACUAGCAAUAUACUGUUGUAGACUGGUGCCCUGCCUCAGCCUUCAGGUACAUUGCAUACAGUAUCUGUAGUUCAUUUUCAUGAUCAGAAUCAGUCCAUUUUAUGGAUCGUCUUCCUUUGAUGUGCUGGCAGGUCGGUGUCAUGAGAUCAAUAGAUAUGUAUUGCGAUGGAUGGCCGACGCUCCUGCCAGGGGCCAUACCUUUUCAUAUGGCUCGUGCAGUGUAUAUUCUCACAAUUUGGGAGGCGAAUGCGCACAUAAAUCAAUUGGGAUCAACACCGUUUGAACGGUUUCCAGAGUGGGGCGUGAAGUUCAACAGAUAAGUAAAGAAUAAUGAAAUAUUCAUAACAUCUGCAGGUCAAGUAGAAACUGGACCGUCGGUAGUGAUGGAUGAAAGUUUCAUGGUUACUCCUUAUUUGUCCUCUAUGUUUUUCUUUUUAAAUCAAUAAUGUUGUGCUGUAACAAUUUUAAUACUGUGCAGGAUAUAUAAUUGAUAGUCUCUUUGAAAGAAAGGGAGAAGAUCUGUUUGAUAGUUCAUUAUCUGAAUGUUGUACAUUUAUGUAGCUUUUAUAAGAACUACAUGUAGCUAUGAUUAUGGUGCAUUGUACACUAAUUUAAUAUUGCCUUUGAAAUAUGGACACCAUGGACAUUAUUUCAGUACUACAAUGUAGUUAUAUUUUCUCUUAUAAAAAAUUAAAUGCUAUGGAUAGAACAGUAUGUCAGAUUAAUCCUUAAUUCUGGGCAUUUGCUAACAAAUAUUGCUGGAAUGCCGCAUCAGGAAAUGUAAAAUUCCGCCCAAAUCAAUGCUUCAGACAUAAAUCUACAUCCUGUAGUGCAUAAAACAUGAAAACACCACUUGACAUUCCAGAUGCACCAGUAUGUAACCUGGUAUACAGGCAGGCAUACAAGCAUGCC